GGGAGCUGGGUGGGGCCCGAGAUGCCCCCAUCCCGAUCUCGCCGGGCGGGAGGAGCUUCACCUGGAGGGGAGUUUCACCGAUGCCCCCAUUGCACCCUAAGGCCCGUGCCCGAGGAGCCGGAGGAGACCCGGGCCUGAGAUGUCUGGGAAGCCCGCAGGGAAUAAGGGCAGGGCCGGCGGCACGAGAGAGGAGCAAGAAGGUUCACUUUGUGCUCAGCAUUGCUUGAAUAACCUGUUACAAGGAGAAUACUUCAGCCCUGUGGAAUUAUCUUCAAUUGCACACCAGCUAGAUGAGGAAGAGAGGAUGAGAAUGGCAGAAGGAGGAGUUACUAGUGAAGACUAUCGCACAUUUUUGCAGCCUUCUGGAAAUAUGGAUGACAGUGGCUUUUUCUCUAUUCAAGUUAUAAGCAAUGCCUUGAAAGUUUGGGGUUUAGAACUAAUCCUGUUUAACAGUCCAGAGUAUCAGAGGCUCAGGAUCGAUCCCAUAAAUGAAAGAUCAUUUAUAUGCAAUUAUAAAGAGCACUGGUUUACAGUUAGAAAAUUAGGAAAACAGUGGUUCAACUUGAAUUCUCUCUUGACGGGUCCAGAACUAAUAUCAGACACAUACCUUGCACUUUUCUUGGCUCAGUUACAACAGGAAGGUUAUUCUAUAUUUGUUGUUAAGGGUGAUCUGCCAGACUGUGAAGCUGACCAACUCCUACAGAUGAUCAGGGUCCAACAGAUGCAUCGACCAAAACUUAUUGGAGAAGAAUUAGCACAACUCAAAGAACAAAGAGUCCAGAAAACAGAUCUAGAACGCGUCUUAGAAGCAAACGAUGGAUCAGGAAUGUUAGACGAAGAUGAGGAGGAUUUGCAGAGGGCUCUGGCACUAAGUCGCCAAGAAAUUGACUUGGAAGAUGAAGAAGCAGAUCUCCGCAGGGCCAUUCAGCUCAGCAUGCAAGGUACUUCCAGAAAUAUAUGUCAAGAUACUCCACAGACGUCAGGUACACAUCUUACUUCAGAAGAGCUACGGAAGAGAAGAGAAGCCUACUUUGAAAAGCAGCAGCAGCAGCAGCAGCAAGAUCCACCAGGACAUCCAUGUGAAAAGCCGAACACAAGUUCAGGAGCACUUGACAGUGAUCUAGCUUUGCAUUCAAAGUAUGGUUGGAGCAUCUACACCCUCAGAGCUUCUGAGAAAUGCAGAGUUUCAGGCCACACUCCCACCUACUGGAUCAGAACCUGCAUUUUUAACAAGAUCCCCAGGGGAUUCACAUGCAGAGUGAAUUUGAGAAGCAUUUUUUUAUGGCUGUGGUGAUGAAUGAAGCAGGUCAGGGGAAGCCACUGAUUCUCCAUUCCAGCUACAGCAAGUGCUGCCGGAAGGCCCGUUGUUACUGGAUCCUCUGAUCUUUUCUAAGAGAGGCUAAGAAGUCCAUAUUUUUAUUUGAAAUCUGAUUUUAAAAUGUUGGCUCAGUUGCUUUUUUAACCCUGAGAGCCAAGCAGAGCACAUUAGUGACAGUUUUAAGCGUGCCAUUUUUCCUCAUUUUAUCUAACUCCGGACACCAGACUAACAAUUGGAAUCCACCUGGACUGAUUGAGGGUUAUAGAAUCCUCAGGUUUUAUAAUGAGCGUUGUAUAUCCAUUUUAGCUUUACUUAGGGUUGGGCACGAAUUUUGAAACAAAAAUUUCAAAUUGAUCACAUGCAUCUUUUUAGCAUAACUUCAUAGCUUAGUCCUCAGAUGGACCAAUCCAUUGAAUUUGGAUGCCACCAAAUGACUCUGAUGUAAUCAACAUCACCUGUGGGCCCUAUGAAACGUACAAGUUGAUUUGAAUGCCCAUUUUAUGGUUAGCUAAGAACUUUUCUAAAGGAUAGGCAAACUUCGGGUUGUCCUUAUCCUGAAGAUUUGCGUGUUUCUGGAUCCUUUCAUCCAUUUUGUGUCUGCAUUGCCAAUGCUCAUCGUUUAAUUUUAUAGGUAAUUCGGGUCCAGCUGACCUCUUACGCCUCUACUCUUGACAUUUCCCCUUUUCACACUAUGGUCCUAGCAGGCCUCCUUAUAGGUCUUCAAAGAAGCCGAGUUCUUUCUCACCCCCAGGCACCCUAACACUCUCGUUUGCCCCUUUGCCUUUGCCCCUUGGGUAUCCCUGUCCCUAAAGGUCAUUGGCCUGCUAUGAGGACUUUCUCUUUCAACUGGACUGCCACUCUUCUCUGGACCUUAUUCUCUCAAGAUUGUUCCAGUUCUCCCUGGGUCAGGAUCCCCAACCACCCUUUGUCUCAUGGGCUACAAGAGAAAACCAAUUCCUUAUUCAUUCACUCACUCAGCAAGACCUGUGUGCGUUCACCAUGUGCCUGGCAUGGUUUUGGGUUCUUGGAACAGAGCCAUGAUUAAGAUACUCUGCUCUGCUGGUGCUUGCAUUCUGAUUGGCCAUUAGGCAGAGGAAACAUCUGAAUUACUGAGCAUGGCUUCAUAACAUGUUAAGAGCUAUGCUUGUUCUGUGAGAUAGGAAGACAAAAUGAUGUGAUAGCAUGUAACUGGGAGGGAGUGCUGCUUCAGACUGGUUUCAAGGAAGGCCUCUGCAGAGGUGCCUUUCAGACACCUGAAAAAUGAGGAGGCGCUAUACUGCCUGGGGAAACAGCAAAAAGCACAAUGACUCUGGGGCAGACAGAGGUGGUUGCUUGUCUCUGAAGAACAGAGAGAGCUGGAGAGGCUAGCGGGUAAUGAACAAAAGCUGGAACUGGGAUGUAGGCAAAAUCUUAUGUACAGUUUUAUAAAGAUAAGUUUGAACUGUAUUUAUAUUUUAUUACACCAAACAAUCUGAUUCUAGAAUAUUCUCUCCUCUAGAAUAUCCUAAGCCUUUUUAAAAAAAAAUCUUUUAAAAGGCCCAUUAACUACAUCUUCUACCAAAGAGCCUUCCAUGCCAGUGUCCACCUUAAGCAACCCGAAAAACUGAAUUUUUAACACUAAAGGUAUAUUGCUUAACCUCUCUCAGAUCAGAAUUUUAGGCAAGGCUCCCACUUUCCACUUGUGCAUUUUGUUUUCCUUCCCGUUAUAUUUAUGCAGUAUUUUUCAUCACUGUCAGAAACUACCGUUUUGAAAACUUAGCAUUGUAUUGAUAUUUUGCUUGUCAAUCCACAUCAUCAAUUGUAGUGAUUAAUACCUGAGUAGCUCCCUUUGGUCUUUCUCAGCCACUUCUAGUCCAGGACAUCAUCAUGUCACAUUUAAGCAUGUACCAUAACACCUUACCCGUUCACUUGGCCUUUGGCCUCUCUGUUUUUGAAACCAGCUUUCCCAAAGCUCUUUAGGCCUGUCACUCCCAUUACCUUUAAGUGAACCUUCAUUACUGUCAACAUGUUAUCGUAUGAAAUGAUGAUGUGUAAAUAUCGGGAAGGAUGAUGCCUAAUUAUUUGCUGAUAUGAUUGUACACCUAGAGAACACAAGGAAAUUAACUGAAAAGCUACUGGAACUAAUGAGGGAGGUCAAUAAGUCAACAAAAACCAAUAGCUUGUUUGUAUACCAGCAAUAACCUGGUAGAAAAUAAGACGCAAAAUUACCACGCUCAACAAUGCCUAAUCCUUGGAGCACCAGACGGGUCCUAAGUUCCAAGCAAAGGUGAGUGGAAUGGCCUUGUCUCAGCCCCAAACCACACAUUGUCACACAGGCCCUGAGAAGCUCUGCUGGUACCCAGAGUCCUGCUGAGUCUCUCAGAAAAUCGUUCAGUGGGUUCUGGUAUUCACCCCUCUAAAGUGGCUCAAACCCAGUGCCAGAGGCCAGGAAGGAGCUGAUCCCACACCUUUCAUGCCUUCUCCAAAUAAGAGAUGUUUUCUCCAAAGGCUGUGUUUCUCUUCUGUACAAGGGUAGCCCUGUCUCCAACAUUGAAAACAUUCUCAGACCCAAAGCAGAUUUAGCUUUUUGGAACAAUCAUCUGAAUCGUCUCCCAGGGACUUUUAGUUAAGUGCAGAGGAUUACUGUGUGAUUCUACUUAUGAGGUCCUUAGAGCGGUCAAAUCCAUAGAGACAGGAAAUAGAAUGGUGGUUGCCAGGGGCUGGGUAGAGUAGGCGCUAAGGGGUUGUUAUUUAAUGGGUACAGAGUUGCAGUUUAGGGAGAUGAAAAAUGUUCUGGAGAUGGAUGGUGAUGAUUGCACAACAAUGUGCAUGUACUUAAUGCCACUGAACUGUAUAAUUAAAAACAGUAAAUUUUAUGUAUAUUUUUUCACAAUAAAAAAUACAUAGGAUUGAUCACUGUAUUUACUCCCUUCCAAAAUCCCACCUAAAUGAAAGUAAAGGGACUUCCUUGGUGGUCCAGUGGUUAAGAAUCCGCCUGCCAGUGCAGGGGAAACGGGUUUGAUCCUUGCUCUAAGAAG